AUGGCUGCUUGUGGCACUGGACAGAAGAUGGAGGAGCACAACCUGGAAGGAAACAAGACAGGAGAAUAUCAGCACGCGCAUCUCCAGUAUCAUGGAAAGGCUGCCCCUGCAAACUGGGACCAAUUGUCUGAGGAAGAAAAGAAGAAGGAGUUGGAGAAGCUGAGGGAAAACUUUACUAACAAGAAGCAAGCUGAGGUGGACCACAUCAAGGUUGAUGCGGAGAAACUCAAGGACGAUGCUGGCAAAGACGAAAUUGGGAACCCGAGAGGAUGGGCAGAUUGA